AUGGACGGCACAGUGGGGUCACCUAGCCCGGCCGGCGCCGUCCGACCCCUUGCCCGGCGGGCCAUCUCCACGGCCCUUAUUCACUGGUUCUCUCCGCGGAGCACCUGCGAUCCGGACCCUGCUCACGAGGACGUCAACCUCUGCGAGAAGCCGGUGGGCAAUUCAUACAUUACACUGGCAGUCUGUACCAGCCUCGCUGGCACGAUUGCAGGGACCACAAUUAUCAUGCUCCUGUGGCUACACUUCCGCCGUAUGGCCCGAGACCGGCGUGAAUAUGACCCGUUCGAGCUGGCCGACUAUGGCAUCGAGGAGGAGGAUCUUUCGGCGGAGAAGCGGCUGAUGAAGAAGAGAGCAUCCCUCGGAACAAAGGCAUUCCACAUACACAGACUCGCUACACGAGUCGGUGCACUCGUUCGAAAGGCCACUACGACCCGGCAUCGAUCCUCUCGCGUCGCCCUAUGCCGAGGACAACCCUGGAUAUAUACGAGAAGGCCUGUCGCCGGAGCCGCUCAUCGCGAGAAAUCUGACGAGUUCUCCACAGCCGAUGAUGGCAGAGUCGCCACUGGCGAGGCUCGAGCUGCCAUCGCAAAAGAGGAAGCCAGUCCCGAUAUCCAAUCACGAGCCAAGAAUUGA